AUGAGCUUUCUUCAACUGCUCGAAGCCAAGCGCGAUGGUGCGGCGCUUUCUGAGGAUCAAAUUCGCUCUUUCGUCAAGGGUGUCUCGACUGACACGCUGCCUGAAUACCAAAUCGCAGCCUUCUUGAUGGCGGUGUACUUCAAGGGUCUGAACGAGGCCGAAACACGUGCUCUUACGCUCUCUAUGCGAGAUUCCGGAAUCGUGCUUCAGUUUCAGCCAGACCCGGCGCGGCCCGUCGUCGAUAAACACUCUACAGGUGGAGUUGGCGAUAAGGUCUCGCUUCCGCUCGCUCCUCUUCUGGCGGCCUUGGGCUUUCGCGUGCCGAUGAUAUCGGGGCGCGGAUUGGGCAUUACCGGUGGUACGUUGGACAAACUCGACUCGAUUCCUGGCUUCAGCACGUCGCUACCUGUUAAUGAGAUUGUGGACUUCGUCGAACGUAUAGGGUGUGCGAUGAUCAGACAGACUGAGGAGAUGGUUCCGGCCGACAAGCGACUCUAUGCUAUGCGUGAUGUGACGGCUACGGUGCCCUCCAUCAACCUCAUCACGGCUUCUAUCCUAUCGAAGAAGCUAUCCGAAGGACUGGACGCGCUCGUGCUCGAUGUGAAGUACGGCGAGGCGGCGUUCAUGAAAACGCGCGAGGACGCACAGAAGCUGGCUGAUGGGAUGGCAAAGCUCGGCAACGCGUGUGGUGUCAAAGUCGAGGCGUUUCUGAAUGAUAUGGACACGCCACUGGGCCGCACAGCAGGGAACUGGCUCGAAGUCGUGGAAUCCGUUGAGUGUCUGGAGAAUCGUGGUCCCGACGAUUUGCGCGAUCUGGUGCUGCAAUGCGCGGGACGGCUGUUGGUCCUCACUGGACGCGAGCCAGACCUGGACGCUGGGCUGGCAAAGGCGAAAGCGUGCCUUGAAUCAGGAGCGCCGCGUACUAAAUGGAUUGAGCUUCUCGAAGCACAAGGCGCCGAUCUCAAAGCUUACGAGGAGAAGUUGAAAUCGCCCAUCCAAGCGUUUGCCUUGCCACUUACCGCCACCAAAUCGGGAACUAUUUCCUCAUGCAAUGCCCGCAUCAUCGGGGAAGUUGUGCGCGACUUGGGCGGCGGGCGGGCGUUGAAAGACUCGGUUCUUGACCUGAAUGUGGGGAUUGCUGAGAUAAAGAAGCCGGGCGAACGCGUAGAGCAGGGCGAGAAGUUGUGCGUGCUGUAUGCGCGCAACGAAAGCGAAGCCGCAGCAAACGCCGAGCGAACUCGUUCGGCAUGGUCAAUAAUGUAA